GACUUCUGUUCUACCUUUUGGCUGGGACGGAUUAAUUUAGCGGGAUCUAUUUGUUGCAAAGAAUUUUAUUAUGGGGGCUCGAGACAUUUUUCAAAAACUUAAUGUACAUUAUGCGUGUAUAGAUUCUCUUACGGUACAACACUGUAUAAUACAACCUACAAUAAGGUUACGAGUACUUCGAGAAAUCGUCAGCUUUGGGUGAAUGGUAAAAAUAAUAAAAAUUAUAAAAAUGGGAAAAAUAGUGAAACUGGAAAACGUCGUAAACAAAAAAAAAUACAGAUCGGCUAAUCCCCUUUUUUCUAUGGUCAUUUAGCCAGUUUUGGAUAUUUGAGUGAUUUUUACAGCGCAGGUAACGCUGCUAUAAAAAUCACGGUACCGGUGAAGGGUCGAAAUAUUAUUUUACCUCUAACUAAAUUGUCACAUCCGUAAUUUUAAGGUUAGAGCGAUCUGUGGUAAAAAUAUUUUUCCCGCGUUCUUCGUGUUUUGAAACAAAAAAAUUCGUCGAGAAAAAUAUUUUUAUUUAAUAUGCUAUUUGAUACAAAUUGUUGCAUACCUAGUUCUAGACAAAAAUUUGCAUGAUAAAAAAUCAAAAAACCAUGUUCAGGUGGUGGAUUUGGGCUGAAUAACCAGACGUGUGUUUGUGUAUAUUUGUAUAUAUGUAUAUAAAUGCAUAUAUAUGACAUGCAUAUGUCGCCAGUGUCAUAUAUUCAGGGGGUUUACAGCCCGAGCAAACAAUGUAUGGUGCACGUGGAUUCAGAUUUGGAAAAUCAGCAAUGAAGUACGCGUGCCGCCCCCACUCUAGUUUUUCUCUAAUGGUCAUCUACUCCACCCCCACCGGACUCCAAAGAUCCCCCCUACUUUAACUCCUACAAGGGUUGAGGCGUAUAAAAGCGAAAGUGCAACCCUCUUUUCGAAGUAUACGAUUUUGGUGUUCGACCUAACUACUUUGCAGAAAGAGAGAAAUUUUUCGUAGAAAGUUUCUGGACGAGCGAAGCGACAGUGAUAAUUGUAAUCACGACACCGAAGGAAUUUUUGAUUGACAAAUAUAGAUAUAUACAUAUAUCAAAUCAGUGUUGUGUUUCUAGUGACCCGAGUGUAACCUUGGAUUUGUUAUUAGUAUACGGCAUCUGGAAAAAUAUAUGGAGGAUUACCAAACGGCCAUGGAUAAUCUAGAAGCGUUAGAUUUCACAAAGAAUUUGAAUCAGAAAGUGAACGAGUGUUCAUUGGAGCCACCGGUGUUGGAUCUUUCCUGUAAGAAACAAACACGGAUUAUGAAUGAUUGCUUGUCUAUGGGAUAUGAAGAAUCUAUGGAGUGUAUUUCAAAUAGUCGUCAACAGUCUGGACUUCAUUGUUCUGAAUUGGAAAGAAAAAGUCCAUUCGAAGGACGAACCUUCAUGGUGACGCCACCAUCAGAAACGGAUUCACCAAAGAAGACAAAAUAUGAGGCGAUUUACAAUGAAAAAGGAAUCAGUACAAGUAGCGAGACGAUGGGUCAUCAAACUUAUCCUAUAAUGCCAAUGGUUUCUAUACCAGCAUCCAAUGUAUUGUCGGGUUUACUUCCAAAUGGACAGAGCAUCGUGCCUUCUUUAAAAAAUACACAACUUCCGGUCUCUACUGUGAAUCUGGAUGCGUCGUCUCCGUUGCAUUCGCCGGAAAUGACGAAAAAGGCGCCGAGACCCUUCAAAGCUUAUCCUAAGGAUCCUCUUUCCCUGUCCAUGGGUACUGCUGAGUUGGUGUAUGAUCAAAAUUCGACUGAGGCUUACUCGGAAUUUCGAAAACGGAUGCUGGAGUCUGUGAGGAGGACCAAUGAGGGUACCAAUAUCAAGAUGAGGAGAGUGACGAAGAGUCCUGGUUUGCCGACUAGUACAGUAGACGAGAAGGAUGCGGCUUAUUGGGAGAGAAGACGGAAGAACAACGAAGCUGCAAAACGGUCCAGAGACGCCAGAAGGGCGAAAGAAGAUGAAAUUGCAAUCAGGGCUGCAUUUCUCGAACAAGAAAAUAUGAAAUUGAAGUACGAAUUGGUAGCGUUAAGAAAUGAGACGGCUAAGCUCAGGUGUAUGGUUUAUUCUAAUUGAGUAAGGUAGUGCUAUAUUAGUAUUUUUAUCUUUCAAGAUCAUAUAUUUUCAUAUGUCAUACUGUGAAUAUUUUUCGUUCCGCGCGUUACUCGCGAGUGCAUCCUUGCACGGAGUUUUCUUGAUUCUUAUUUUUUUUUCUUGAGACGCGACUACAUAGGACAGUGAUUACUGAUAAAAUACUUUAUAUACAAAGGCGGUUGUAUAUAAAUUAUUGCGUUUAUUGUACGACGCGUUAUUCUUAUGAUCUCUUGUUUUACUGUUUACCUGUUUUUUUUUCUUUCUUUUUCACAACGCGUGGUAGCUCAUAUUGAUCUCUUGUUUUUCUUAUCUUUUCCUAUCAUUUCGUUGAGUCGCUUCUCGUCAUCAGGAAUGUUUGCAGAAGAACUGAGUGCCUAGUUGGCAUGGUAAAUUACUCUUAGAAAUAAUAUUUAUGUGGUAACGAGGAUUUUGCCGACUAGGCUAUCUGAUUAUUAGCUUUAUCCAAAGUUUAGAAGUUUAAGUGUUUUUUUUUGUGUUCACACAUUAAGCAUGGUUUACAGGUGUAGCCGUUAUGAAAACGUUUUUUUUUGCGUACCAUGAAAAUACUUUCACAUUCGCCUUGAUAUGAAAAUGCGUUCGGUAGUCAGUAGCGCAUUUGGAUGCAGGUUGUAAAUAUCAUCAAGCAUAUAUUGAUCUUCCUUAAGAGAGUUCCUUGUAAAAUAAAGAAAGACUGUUGCAAUAUUUAAGAUAUAUUUAUAAUAAAACUGAACAUUUUUUAAAAUGAA